GAAAAAAAAGAAGAAGCCUUGACUAGCUCCUACUGUAGCACUCGUACCCCUCACUCGCACUCAGCAAAUCCCUCUUCCCGCCAUACACAUUACACACGCUCCUACUUUUACCGUGUACUGAACACCCAAACUCAAUCGUCUCUCUCCCUCUGUAUCUGUCUCUCACAGAGGAUUCGUAUAGAAAUUUAGAAAACCCUAGGUCUAAGUCAGUCAUGGGCGAUUCUAGGGUUUUCCCCGACCCCAUAUCUACCCUUCAUCGGCGUUCUAACGCGGGUAUCAUAAAGAGGAUCCGAUUGGAAAACUUCAUGUGCCACGAUAACCUUCAGAUCGAGCUCGGGGAGUGGGUCAAUUUCAUCACUGGCCAAAAUGGAAGUGGUAAGAGUGCUAUUCUGACUGCUUUAUGUGUUGCAUUUGGGUGCCGAGCCAAAGGGACCCAGAGAGCAAGUUCCUUGAAGGAUUUUAUAAAAACUGGCUGCAGUUACGCUCUUGUUUAUGUGGAAAUAAAAAAUGAAGGCGAGGAUGCUUUUAAGCCAGAAAUAUAUGGUGAUGUCAUAAUUUUAGAACGCAGAAUUUCUGUGUCUACCAGCUCCAUUGUUUUAAAGGAUCACCAAGGAAGGAAGGUUGCUAGCCGGAAAGACGACAUUCGUGAGCUAGUAGAACAUUUUAAUAUUGAUGUUGAGAAUCCAUGUGUAAUAAUGAGUCAAGACAAAAGCAGAGAGUUUUUGCAUUCUGGGAAUGCCAAGGACAAAUUUAAGUUUUUUUUCAAGGCCACACUUCUUCAGCAAGUGAAUGAUCUUUUACAAAACAUUUACGAACAUUUGAAGUCUGCAAAUGCACUUGUUCAUGAGUUGGAGGAAUCAAUAAAACCCAUGCAAAAGGAACUUGAUGAGUUGCAAGGAAAAAUUAAAAACAUGGAGCACGUGGAAGAAAUAUCUCAAAAGGUACAGCAGUUGAAGAAGCAGCUUGCUUGGUCUUGGGUAUAUGAUGUAGAUAAGCAACUUGCGGAACAAAGUGCAAAGAUUGGGAUACUGAAAGAUCGUAUACCAGCUUGCCAAGCGAAAAUUGAUUUGCAACUAAAUGUGGUGGAGGAACUGAGGGAACGCAUAUCUAAGAAGAAAGCUCAAAUCGCGAGCAUGAUGGAAAAGACAUCAGAAGUGAGGAGAAUGAAGGAUGAAUUGCAGCAGACUCUUUCCUUGGCAACUAAAGAGAAGCUUGAGCUAGAAGAAGAGUUUGGCCGCAAGACCAACCAUGUCCAGAAGAUGUUGAAGCAUGUCAGAUUUCUCGAACAACAAGUUCAAGAUAUUCAUGAGCAGAAUGUUAAAAAUACACAGGCUGAAGAAUCUGAAAUAGAGGAAAAGCUGAAGGAACUCCAAUAUGAAUUUGAUGCUGCUAAUUUAACUUUUACAAGGUUGAAGGAAGAAGAAAGUGCCUUAUUAGAAAGCAUGAACAAGGGAUCGAGUGAAAUUGCAUGCAUUGGUAAUGAGAUUGAAGAACUUGAAAGAAAGCAUCGUGAAAUUGGUUAUUCCAUCCGCGAGCUUCAUCAACAUCAAACCAACAAGGUUACAGCUUUUGGAGGAGAUAGAGUGAUUAACUUAUUACGUGCAAUUGAGAGACAUCAACAGAGGUUUAAAAAGCCGCCUGUUGGUCCAAUUGGAGCCCAUUUGACCUUGGUUAAUGGUGAUACAUGGGCUCGUGCUGUUGAACAUGCCAUUGGGAGAUUGCUUAAUGCAUUCAUCGUAACAAAUCAUAAAGAUGCUCUUCUUCUGAGAGGGUGUGCUAGGGAAGCAAACUAUAGCCACCUUCAGAUUGUCAUAUAUGACUUUUCAAGACCAAGGCUGAAUAUACCUCCUCACAUGCUUCCUCAAACAAGUCACCCAACUACUCUUUCUGUUCUACACACAGAAAACCACAUUGUCUUUAAUGUGUUGGUGGAUAUGGGUGAUGCUGAGAGGCAAGUGCUCGUUAGAGACUAUGAUAUGGGGAAAGCAGUUGCUUUUGGGCAAAGGAUCUUGAAUCUGAAGGAGGUUUACACUUCAGAUGGAUAUAAAAUGUUUUCUCGUGGUUCAGUCCAGACAACUCUUCCUCCAAAUAAGAAGCAAAGAAGUGGCCGUCUUUGUAGUUCUUUCGAUGAUCAGAUUAAGGACCUUCAAAGAGAUGAAUCAAAUCUACGUGAAGAAGCUCAACAGUGCAGGAGGAGAAAAAGGGACGCAGAGGAGAGUCUUCAGGAUCUUCAGGAAACUCUAAGAAGUAUAAAGAAAAGGCGUCUGGAUGCAGAGCGUGACUUGAUGUCGAAGAAACUAGCGCUGCGUGAUGUAAAGAAUUCAUAUGCUGCUGAAACUAGUUCAUCACCUGCAUCAAAUGCUGAUGAGCUUCAUCAAGAAAUCUCAAAUGCCCAUGAGGAGAUACAGGAAAGGGAAAUCUUGCUGGAAAAGCUUCGAGCCAGAAUGAAUGGAGCUGAAGCAAAAGCCAAUGAACUUAAAGUAUCAUUUGAGAAUCUUUGUGAGUCAGCGAAAGGGGAAAUUGAUGCAUUUGACAAAUCAGAGAAUGAACUGAUCAAGCUUGAACAAGCACUGCUUGAUGAAGAAUCGAAGAAGAGCCACUAUGAAGGUAUAAUGAAUAACAAGGUGCUUUCUCUUAUCAAAGAGGCAGAGGCACAUUACCGGGAGCUUGAGAACAACCGUCUGGAGAGUUGCAGAAAAUCUUCUAUUAUUUGUCCUGAGAGUGAAAUUGAAGCAUUAGGAGGCUGUGAUGGGAGCACCCCAGAGCAACUUAGCGCCCAACUAACUAGACUAAAUCAGAGACUUCAGCAUGAGAGCCGGCGAUAUUCUGAAUCAAUUGACGACCUUAGGAUGUUGUGUGAGAAAAAAGAACGCAAGGUUCUUAGAAAACAGCAAACUUACAAAGGAUAUCAAGAAAAACUGAACGCUUGCGAGAAAGCGUUAAACUUGCGAUGGAGCAAGUUUCAGAGGAAUGCAACUCUUUUGAAGCGCCAGUUGACUUGGCAAUUCAAUGGCCAUUUGAGAAAAAAGGGGAUCAGUGGACAAAUUAAAGUUAGUUAUGAAGAAAAGACCCUCUCAGUUGAGGUUAAAAUGCCUCAAGACGCUUCAAGCAGCACUGUUCGUGACACUAGAGGACUUUCAGGUGGUGAACGCUCUUUUUCAACAUUAUGCUUUGCAUUAGCUCUUCACGAAAUGACAGAAGCUCCUUUUCGAGCAAUGGAUGAGUUUGAUGUGUUUAUGGAUGCUGUUAGUCGUAAAAUCAGCCUGGACACCCUUGUGGAUUUUGCAUUGGCGCAAGGAUCCCAGUGGAUAUUUAUCACCCCUCAUGAUAUCGGCAUGGUAAAACAAGGGGAGAGGUUAAAGAAGCAGCAAAUGGCAGCUCCGCGUUCUUGAUCACCUUAUCUGCAUUUUUUUGCUGCUAUGUUCAGGUAAAAGCUUGAUUAGAUGACAAAUGUUUCCUGUGGAUAAAUUAUGUAUUAUGUAGAUGACUACUAAUAUUUAAUGUCCUUUUGACUUUUUUAUUUUUAAAUACUUUUAGGCCUUGUUGCCAUAUGAUAUAUUCCACAAUGUGAUGUCUUAGAAUUCUCAAAUUUUGGAUUCCUAUCCUUGUUCAUAGAAUACUAAACGUGUAUCGGUCUCUCUCUC